UGGUGUUGAAGGUGAAGGUUCAGAGCUUGUGGUAACUGUCGUUGAAGCCGCCGGAGUCUGGAGAAGGUGGCGGCGAGUUAGGAGCACCGUGCGUCGGUUUGGAUGGUGAGGGUCUGAGGGGGCGGAGAAUGUGCUCGAGGAGGCUAAUUUUCUGAUGAGUUCACUUUCUGCAAAACUUGAGAAUGUUGAGUUUUGGAAGGUUAGUUCAUUGUUGCGUGAUUCAGGGAAAUGCAGUUGUGAAAUGCAGCAACUCUCUUAUGAGGUAUCUGAGUUCCGCUUGCGCCGCCGCAUCCAUUCAAGCUGGUUUGCCAGGGGAGGCACACCACCUGUUUGACAAAAUGCCGGUUACUUCUUCUUUUGACCAAGUGGCACUCUUGAAUUCCUACAUGGUUUCCGGAAAGUUGGACGAUGCGUGUCAGUUGUUCCGACAGAUGCGGACACGGAAUGUUGUGGGUUGGAAUGUCAUGAUUUCUGGUCAUGCUAAGAGAGGCCAUUAUUACCAGGCUCUUGAAUUCUAUCAAGAAAUGAGGAAGAAUGGUAUAAAAUCCUCGAGGUCCACACUUGCAAGUGUUUUAAGUGUGGUUGCUAGCUUAGCAGCAUUGGAUCAUGGCUUGCUAGUUCAUUCAGAAGCUAUCAAACUGGGUUUUGAGUCCAAUAUCUAUGUGGGGAGUUCUCUGAUCAAUAUGUAUGGCAAGUGUGAAAUGCUGGAUGCUGCAAAGAAAGUAUUUGAAGCUCUAUCUAACAAAAAUAUGGUCGUGUGGAAUACCAUGCUAGGGGUUUAUGCGCAGAAUGGUUAUUUGAGUAAUGCUCUGGACUUUUUCUUUGAUAUGAUGGUACGCGGUGUUGACCCGGAUGAAUUUACCUACACUAGCAUUUUGAGUUGUUGUGCUUGUUUUGAGUUCCUAGGAAUCGGUUCACAGUUGCAUGCAACUAUUAUCAAGAAAAAAUUUACAACCAAUAUAUUUGUGAACAAUGCAUUGGUAGAUAUGUAUGCCAAGGCUGGGGCUUUGAAGGAAGCCAGGAAACUGUUUGAGAACAUGGAGGAUCGAGAUAACAUUUCCUGGAAUGCAAUAAUUGUGGGAUACGUGCAAGAAGAAGAGGAGACCGAUGCUUUCAACAUGUUUCGGAGAAUGAAUUUACAGGGUAUGAUACCUGAUGAGGUAUCUUUAGCUAGUAUACUCAGUGCUUGUGGAAAUAUCAAGGGACUAGAGGCAGGACUGCAGUUCCAUUGCCUAUCAAUUAAGUUGGGUUUAGAAACUAACCUUUUUUCUGGAAGUUCUCUUAUUGACAUGUAUUCCAAGUGCAGGGCCAUUGAAGAUGCACGUAAAAUUUAUUCUAGCAUGCCCCAGCGGAGUGUGGUGUCCAUGAAUGCUCUGAUUGCAGGAUAUGCUCUGAGAAAUACUAAAGAAGGUUUUAAUCUUCUUCAUGAGAUGCAGAUAUUGGGGUUGAAGCCAUCUGAAAUUACAUUUGCAGCCCUCUUAGAUGAUUGUAAAGGGCCUCCUAUGGCAAGUUUAGGCAUGCAGAUCCACUGUACCAUAGUAAAGAGAGGGCUUUUAUGUGGUAGUGAAUUCUUAGGUACCUCUUUAUUGGGAAUGUAUAUGGACUCACAAAGGAUUGCAGAUGGGAAAACUCUUUUCUCAGAGUUUUCUGACCUUAGAAGUAAAGUAAUGUGGACGGCUCUAAUUUCAGGACAUACCCAAAAUGAAUGCAGUGAUGAAGCCUUAAACUUGUAUAGAGAAAUGCGUAACAACAACAUCUUUCCUGAUCAAGCAACAUUUGUUACUGUUCUUCGAGCUUGUGCGCUCUUAUCCUCAUUGCAAGAUGGUAAAGAGAUACAUUCUCUAACUUUCCAUACUGGUUUUAACUUAGAUGAGUUAACCAGCAGUGCCCUUGUAGAUAUGUAUGCUAAAUGUGGGGAUGUAAAAGGUGCUGUCAAGGUUUUUGAAGAAUUGACUAUUAAAAAGGAUGUGAUUUCUUGGAACUCAAUGAUUGUUGGAUAUGCGAAAAAUGGUUAUGCUGAAAGUGCCAUGAAGGUCUUCGAUGAGAUGACUCAAUCACGUGUUACACCAGAUGAUGUCACAUUCCUUGGAGUGCUUACUGCCUGUAGCCAUGCAGGGUGGGUUACUGAGGGUCGUCAAAUUUUCGAUGUCAUGGUAAACUAUUAUGGCAUUGUGCCCAGAGUAGAUCACUAUGCUUGCAUGGUUGAUCUUCUUGGUCGGUGGGGUUUUCUCAAAGAAGCUGAAGAGUUCAUUGAAAAACUAGAUGUUGAACCUGAUGCUAUGAUUUGGGCCAAUUUAUUGGGUGCUUGCAGAAUACACGGGGAUGAAAAAAGAGGACAGAGGGCAGCUAAGUUACUUAUAAAGUUAGAACCCCAAAACUCUUCUCCAUAUGUGCUGCUUUCUAAUUUGCAUGCUGCAUCAGGACAUUGGGAUGAAGCUAGAUCUUUGAGGAGAACAAUGAUGCAGAAAGAAAUCCAAAAGAUGCCUGGGUGUAGCUGGAUUGUAGUGGGGCAAAAGACAAACUCGUUUGUUGCCAGUGAUACAUCACAUCCUUGUUCUGAUGAAAUAUUACAUAUUUUGAAGCAUUUGACAGCACUAAUGAAAGACAAUAGAUACCAAGAAUAUGGAAUUUGCCAGGAAAAGGAAUGCAUAAAAGAGAUAAAACAUGGGAACAACACCGACUGCUUGGUUGUUGUUAUAUGUUCCUUAGAUAGUACAGGGUAGGGAUGGACCCAUGUGUAAUUUUAGUGGUGAUGCUCCGCAUUUUCACAUUGGAAUUCUUCUUACCCAGUCAUCGACUGCUUGGUCUACAAGCUUUAGGACGCAGCUCCAUGCAAUGGGUUUAACUGAUGUGCCGAAAGUGGAUACUGAUAUUAGUAUUGCCGCAACUCUAAUGGAUAUGUAUCAAAUUAUGGGAGCCCAGCAGUAUGGUGGUUCUGCAGCUCAGAACAGUGUGUUUCCAGAGAGGCAGGGACAAUGGAAAGCAACAACACAAAUAAGAGAGUUUUUGAGAUCCAUAUAACGAUACUAUAGCAAUGCUUACACAGAUGAUUUUUAGGUUACUUCCAAGUUCCAACCACAGGCAGGAAGGGAAACCUGCUCUCUGGGAGCUUGAUUCAGAUUAUUAUCUCCAUGUAUCCACUAUCCGGGAUUGGGGAUGAUCUAAUUCCUGAGAAGUGUUCUAAACCAAAGGUUUGUAUCUGAAACUUGCAUUAUCCUUGCAAGACUUUGAUGCACCCACUAUUUUGUUCUUGGAUAUUCUGUGUCCCAUUCAGUCUCUUUUUAAAAUAUAGUUUAUUAAUGGUCCAUUUUAUACCUAGAUGCAUAUUGUAUGAAACCUCUUAAAUUUCUUCGUUGUUUGAAUUUUAAGUUGGUCAAAUAUCAAACCAAUCCAUCACACCUUACAAGUUACAACUAAUUAAAUGGCAUUUUUGUUGCGUUGAUUUUUUUUGUUAUAAACCACAUCUAUCCUCCGAUGAGGCAAUCAUGUUUGAGCUCAGUAUGACGAUUGUGGAUGGAAAAGUUCUCUUUAUCAAGUAUUUAACGCGCAUUUUCAGUGAAACUCAAACUCGAAACCACUGCUCAAACAAAAGCAAUCUCAGCUAGAUUAUCUACCCAUUUGGUGACUUUAUUUUUCUUUGACUUUGACUGGGAUUUAUAAGGAAAAAAAAUACAAAUAAGGCUUUGAAAGUAAUAGUUUUAAAUAGGAUUUUGAUUCAUUCACACCUAACUCUUUUUUCCAUAAGACACGAACUUUCUCUUCCUAUUUCUCUUGUUUUUUUUUUAUCAGAUCACUUAUCAUAUCUCUCAUUUCUCUAUUUUUUUUCUUUAUCUCUCUAGGUGGAGGUGGGACUAAAGUGUAAAUAAAGACUUAUUCUUAUAAAUAUUUUGUAUGAUUUGUUUUUCUCGCAUGAUUAAUCCGAUGACAUCCAUGUAAUAUGAGAAACUUUGAAGUUUUGGCCUGAGUCAUAUUUAGAUAAUAGGUGUUUUGUAAAAAUGAUGACUGAUGAAGUCGAACGACUUUUACAAAAUAUUAGUAUUAUGAAUGAGACCAAAACAUUUGUUAGUUUGUUACAUAAAUACUAAAUGUUCUGAUCAGGCAUGCAUCAUGAUGCUUAUAUAGCAACAUCAAAGAUUGUAUUAAUGUUUACCAAUUCAGCUUCUUAAAUAGUAGUACUCCUAAGAAAGACCUUUCAUGAUUUCAUACGUAUUUUAAUAUACACAAGCAACCUUUUCUGUGCCAGUAAUUGUUUAUUGUUCAAAUCCACAACCAGCAGGUGAUUCCUUUCACAUCUACAGUAUAAUCUUUUCAUACUAUAAAUAUAAGAUAUAAGAUCCAGCAAGGUUGCAACAA